UCUUGACCUAAUUUUUUGCAGAUAGAAAAAAACUUUGUAGCUUUUCUUGGCGACGAAGCUGCACAAUUAUGGAGCAACAACUGCACCAGAAACGUGACACGUUGCACAUCAUCUCAAUUCCGAACCAUGCAAGAUUUUCAGAAAGUGUAUCUAAAUACAAUUCAAAAAGCGGUUGAUAAAUCUGCAAAUAGAGGAUUGUUCGUGAGCACGUGCUUACUGCAUGGCCACCUUUCUAACAGAGAUGGCAUGUGUUCCUCUGUUGUGGGAAAUGUUCUACAGGGUGACACAAUAAGGAAGGCAAUAGGUGAGUGGUACUUUGACCGAAGUCCAUUUCAGGCAAUAGAUUUCAAGAACAACCUGCCACGCAACUGUUCUUACCUUACAUGGGAUGAAGCCACUGACACGUGUCUCAAGACUAAUGCUUGUGGAUCAAAAUCAAAUCAUGAUUCUUGAUUUUCAAUUUUAUAUUUAUAAUUUAAAAUUAAGAAAUGCUUAAU